ACAAUGGGCGGCGGUGUAUCAUCUCUCCCGGCCGAGGUCUCGCUUGCCGAGGCCAAGAAGCUGGCGGGAGCCAAGUGGCAGCCCGAAUGGGAAGAGAAGUUCGCAGAAGCCAAGAUUUCCAAGGACGAGGCGCUGCAAUGCUGGAAGGAGGCCAAGGCUAAUGCGGACGGCCCGGCGAGCAAGGGCGCGGGGCCAGCGGACGAGAACAAGAAGAAGAAGUCCGCCACCGCGAAAGCGCUAUGGAAGAAGGGCGUCGCGAAGGUGGGCUGGAUCGCGCACGCGAAGGCGCGGGCGGCGGCGAUCGAGCGCGCGCAAAGGGCAGGCAUUUCGGAGCAGCUCUACGAAAAACUCCACGGUGUCGACCGCUCCGGCGUUGCCGAGGCGCUGGACUUUUCGGCCAUAAUAGCCGAGAAACGCGGGCAGCAUCUGCCGGGCACGCGCGAGUGGGUGUUCGAGGCGGUCAUGCGCUGGCGGACGGAUCCGGAAGCGGCGAAGCUCUUCUGGCUCGUUGGUGGUGGCGGCACGGGCAAGAGUGUCGCCGCGGCCGAGUUGCUGGCACGGCUGCUCGACAAAGAGAACGUCGCGGCGUGGCACUUCUGCAAACAUACGGAGCCGGCGCGGUCAGCUCCAGCGGCACUUUUGCGCUCCUUAGCCGGCAUGCUUUGCGCCACGGUCGAGGGCUUCGAAGACGCCUUGCGCGAGGGCGGCGGCGGCGACAACGCGACGGACAAGGUCGACGAGCUCUUCCAGGCGCUGAUCGUUGAGCCGCUGGAAUGCGUCGAGGAGACACGCGGCGCGGACGAUGCUCUAGUGUUGAUAGUCGAUGCACUCGACGAGCUACCGCGAGAUGCUUUGCAGCCCGUACUCUCGCUGCUCGCGAACGAGCUCAAGACACUGCCGCCGUGGAUUAAACUCGUCGUCACCAGCCGCGACGAAGCUCAGAUUAAAGCAAGACUCUCGUGCUUCACGCCGUCGGAGCUACGCGUCGACGAGGCACGGAACCGGCAAGACGUUCGCGCGUACCUGACGGUACUCGCGAAGGAACACGUCGAGCUCGAGGUGACGAUGGACUCGCUGCGGCACGAGGUCGAGGCGAAUUUCCCGGGCUUGAAGAAUCUCGACACGUUCGCCGACCUCGAGGACCCGCUGCGGCGGUCAAAGGGCGCGUACGACGAGGCGGUCCGCGGCGUCGCCGGGAUCCACGAGCUCGAGAAGUAUAAGGAGCGACGUCUCGACUUGAUACAAGACGAGACCGACUUCGAGAAGCUCUACGCCGACGCAGCUGUGGCGCAGACGAUCUUAAUCGACGCGCUGAAGACGCUCCCUGGCGACGUCUCGGAUCCAGGCGUGAAAGGGCGCGGAUCCGCGGAGCGCAAGCUCGCGGACAAGUACACCGACAAGAAUGGGGUGCCACAUCCCGAGAAGUUUCGGGAUCUAGCCCGCGCGACAGUCCUGUUCGAGAACGCCGCCGACCUUCUGAAGGUGCUGACUGAAUUGGACGGCGGCAGCCUCGGGCUGGAUAUCGCUCAAUAAAAAAACAAGUUCGCGAGCCCGACGCCCCUCGGCUACCGCGAC